AUGGCUUCUUCCCAUCGAAUAGCCCGUCGGUUUCUUUCUUCACCAGCUAACCCCCUCUCAACCCUCUCCCGACGAGCUCCUAAUCACCGUCGUCCUCGAAUCGCCACCCGUUAUGCCUCUACCUCCACCACGACAGAUACACUCCCAAUAUCCCGAUUAAAAACAGCUCUCUACGCGACAUCGAUCGCUGUAUCCGGCUAUGUAGUUUACGUCUACACGACCGACACCCGAGCCUUCGUGCACCGAUACAUCGUCCCACCUCUCCUCCGCGCCGUCUUCCCCGACGCCGAAGAAGCCCACAACGCAGCCGUGACAUCCAUGAAAACACUCUACAGUCUAGGUCUACACCCACGUGAGCGCACCUCAUCUUCAUCCACCGGCCCCGAUCUCUCGGUCUCAGUGUUUGGCACGCAGUUAGCGAAUCCAGUUGGUAUUUCCGCGGGCUUGGAUAAACAUGCUGAUAUACCCGAUGCCCUGUUUGCGCUCGGUGCUUCGAUUGUGGAAGUUGGUGGUUGCACGCCGAGACCGCAGGAGGGGAAUCCGAAACCGCGCAUGUUUCGCGUGCCUACGCUUGAUGGUCUGAUUAAUCGGUAUGGACUUAAUUCACGGGGUGCUGAUGAUAUGGCUAUGCGGCUGCGUGAGCGAGUUCGUCUAUAUGCACGAUCUGUGGGCUUGGAUGAGGAGAGUGUGUUAAAUGGCGAAGGUGGUGUACCCCCAGGAAGUCUGUUACCUGGGCGUCUACUGUUAGUGCAGAUUGCCAAGAAUAAGGAGACGGACGAGCGGGAUGUGAACGCCGUGAGUCGGGACUACGUAUACUGCGUGAAUCGACUAGCGCGGUAUGCUGAUGUGCUUGUGGUCAACGUCAGUAGCCCUAACACACCGGGUCUACGAGAUUUACAAGCUACCGAGCCCCUGACACGGCUUCUGAGCGCGGUGGUUGAUGAGGCGCGGAAGACGGACCGGAAGGAGAAGCCUAAGGUUGUGGUCAAGGUUUCGCCGGACGAGGACGAGGAUGCUCAGAUGGAGGGCAUUGUGCAGGCGGUUUGGGCUAGUGGCGUCGACGGAGUCAUCGUGGGCAACACGACAAAACGCCGAAUUGGAGUGAUCCCUCCUGGUGUGAAGAUUACACCCAAGGAACAGGUCACUAUGACGGAAACAGGUGGUUAUUCAGGCCCUAUGAUGUUCGACCGUACUGUGGAUCUGGUCAGUCGGUACCGCAAAAUGCUAGAUGGUCAGUCGUUCCAACCCCCUAAAACGAAGGAGGAAAAGGUGGAAAAAGUGGUGGCUGAUGAGGCCGUCGAUGCGAGCAUAACAGCUAUCGAAGGAACUAUUACUGGAUUCUCAGAGAACGAACCGAAGACGAGCUCCGCUUCUCCGGCCCCUGAGCAGAAGGUCAUCUUCGCUACAGGUGGAAUAUCUAAUGGACGAAAAGCACUAGAGAUCCUAAAUGCUGGCGCAAGUGUUGCUAUGGUAUACACUAGCCUUGUCUAUGGGGGUGCCGGAACUAUCACACGCAUGAAGAACGAGAUGAAGGAGGAAUUGACGGAGAAGAAAGCAUAG